AUGGCAGAUAACCACGAAGAACCCCAUGAAGAUGUGACUGUCAACAGCGAUGUUAUCCAGGAAGAGGUGGCAACGCUGCUCCGCAUGAAGUUUGGGCAGGAGGUAUGGAAUCCACGCAAGGUGGACAGUUGGGUCGACGAUGUUGUCGACAGUGUUCUAAAGAACCUCACGGACUUGAAGAAACCCUUUAAAUUUGUCGUCAGUUGUGUGAUUAUGCAGCGCACCGGGGCUGCCAUUUCCACCGGCUUCAUUAGUUUAUGGGACAACACCUUUGAUGGUGUUGUGCAUGUGCCCUACGAGAACGAAACACUUCACUGCUUCGUGACUGUCUUCUUCGUUAAACUGGAUUAG